AUGCUGAUGAGGAGGAGGUGUUUUGUGAUUUUCGUGUGCAUUUCGAGUGCUUUGGCUGUUAAACAGGUGGGUUUGGGAAGGGGUUGAGUUAGGCUAAGUCAUGUGAAGUUCCGAGAAAAAAUUUGAAAAAUUGAAAAAGCCGCGUGGAUUCUACCUGCACCAUUUGGGGUUGGGUUAGGCUUGAGGCUUAGGCUUGAGGCUUGAGGCUUGAGGCUUAAGGGUUAGGCUUAAGGUCUUCUUAUUAGGCUCAGGAUUAAGAUUAGGCUUAAGGCUUUAGGUCUUCUUAUUAGGCUUAAAGCUUUAGGGUUAGGAUUAAGAUUAGGCUUAAGGAUUCAGGGUUAGGCUUAGGCUUGAGGCUUUAGGCUUAGGCUCAGGCUUGAGGCUUAAGGGUUAGGCCUGGGCUUGAGGCUUAAUGGUUAGGCUUAGGCUUGAGACUUAAGGGUUAAGGUUAGGCUUGAGGCUUAGGGUUAGGCUUGAGGCUUGAGGCUUAAGGGUUAGGCUUAGGCUUGAGGCUUUAGGGUUAGGGUUAGGCUUGAGGCUUGAGGCUUGAGGCUUGAGGCUUGAGGCUUGAGGCUUGAGGCUUGAGGCUUGAGGCUUGAGGCUUGAGGCUUGAGGCUUGAGGCUUGAGGCUUUAGGGUUAGGCUCAGGCUUGAGGCUUAAGGGUUAGGCUUAGGCUUGAGGCUUAAGGGUUAGGCUUUAGGGUUUUGAGUUAGGCUUACAAUUAACUAAAGCCCCAAUUUCCAAAAAAAUCCUGCAAGGGUCUAGGCUCAGGCCUAAUCUAGAAAAGGUCAUUUUCAAGAUUCCACGUGGCCUAAGAUUCUACGUGGAAUUCAGAAAUCUCAUACAAUUCAACCUAGCAAAUGGCUCAUACGUUCAAUGUGCUGUAAUUUUUUGAAAAACCUAUAAAAUAAUUUUGAAACGUAACAUUUUCUGGGUAUUUUUUGGAUGAUUUGGUAUAUUUUUAGGCGAAAAAUUUGAUUUCGGUGUAAAAAUCAGGCUCAGAAUCUGAAUCUCUGAAUUUUAGAAAUCAUCUUGAAAUAGAAUCUAGAAUUCUCUUAAAGGUGGAAUCCGAGCAAAAAUUAAGUUGUGCUCAUUUGAAAGAGCAUGUUCUAAUUAGUACAAUCCUCGAAGGAUUUUUUCUGGAAGCUUCUCAAACAUUAAUUAAAAAAUUACAAAGUUCGAAAAAACAGUGAAACACCGUGUAAAAUGGCUUGAAACUCCAUAUCUCCAACCGUUUGGAACUGUGUUUCUCUAAUGUUAGAGAAGCUUUCAGAAAAAAUCCUUGGAGGAUUGUACUAAUUGCAACAUGCUCUUUCAAAUUAGCACAACUUAAUUUUUGCUCGGAUUCCACCUUUAAAGACACACAAUCCACUAGAAAUGAACAGAAAAUGAGUUUGUUAUUCUUUCAUAACACCUUUCAAGUAAUCGAAAUUCAUAAAAAUCAAGAAAAAAUUUUGAGUCUGGCAAAAGUGAAAAAAUAAAAUAAUUGUUUUUGAAAUCGCUCAGCCGACGGAAAUUUGGAAAGUGUGUGCACACAGUGUGUCGCUAGAGCGCACAUGCUGGUUUUGUCGUUUGAAAAUAAAUGCGGGAAAUCUGUUUUUUCCAGUGGCUGAUGUGUCUUUAACAUGAGCAAUGCCAAGGAUUUUUUUCCAGCCCCGCCAAGCCACUCCAGAUGACAUUGGAGACGACUACUCCGACUUCCAAUCUCAACCAAUUCAAAACGAAGCUUCUAGUUCCAACCCAAAUGCCGCCCUAAAAAGUGGAGCUAAUCACAAUCUCAAACAAGUCACCUACUCAACAAUCCGCCCAGUUUAUGACAUUCCAACCACUCAAUCACCACCACCCAGGGCGCCGAUUCAGCCAGGAGCACAAGCUUCUACUCCACAAAGACCCGCUGUUCAACUCCGACGCGGAUAUUACUUCCAACAUUAUCCAUGGGACAGACUUCCGCGUAAUUACCUAAUGCGCCCUGGAAUGACCUAUGUCUACCCGCCACAAUAUCAGUUCGCCAAUUAUCAAUAUCGACAACUUCCAUAUGAUUUCAAAGAUCCAUAUAACAUCUAUAAAUCACAUCCAGGAAUCGGAUAUGGUUGUGGUGGGGGAGGAUCGGGUGGAUAUGGUGGAGGUUGUGGGGGAGGAUAUCAGACAGGUUAUGCACAGCAACAAGGUGGAGGAUGUGGAGGUGGAGGUUGCAACAUAAAUGACGAUGAGUAUGAAGAUUCUGAAGAAUACGAAGAUUCUGAAGAGGGAGGGAAGAGUGGAGAGACAAAGAUCAAUAAGAAAGAUCCAUUAGAAGAUCUUGAAUUGGAGGAUUUGGAAAAAUUAUCGGGAUCUAGCUCGAGUUCGAAGGCUUCAACUUCGAGCUCCGUGAAGAAAUCUGAAGAUGAUGAAGAUUUGAUUGAUGAAGAAGAGGAUCGGAAAGGAAAGAAGUUCUUAGUGAAAUGGCAUUGA